AUGAUCUCUAGACCGUCUCUCACGAGACCUGCGCAGCAGGCUCUCCGCCACUCGAGCUGUGCUCGCACAAUCUCGGGUCGCCGGUUCGCCAGUGCUGCUGCUGGCUCCGGCGCCUUCGAGACCUCCGACGUUGGCGGUGUCAAGGUUGCUGCGAGAGACUCGCAGGGCCCUACGACUAAGUUGGCCAUCGUGGCUAAGGCCGGUACCAGAUAUCAGCCUCUCCCCGGACUGGCUGUUGGCCUCGAGUCCUUUGCUUUCAAGAACACCUCGAAGCGCUCCGGCCUGCGCAUCGUUCGCGAAUCCGAGCUCCUCGGCAGCCAAUUGACCGCCUACCAUACCCGCGAAGCCCUCGUUCUCGAGGCCAGCUUUUUCCGCGAUGACCUUCCCUACUUUACGGAACUUCUCGCCGAAGUCGUCUCGCAGACCAAGUACACCACGCACGAGUUCCACGAGGAGGUUCAGCCCGUCCUUCGCUUGAAGCAGUCCGCCACCAGCGCUGCCGCUCUUGCUCUCGACUCUGCCCACUCAGUCGCUUUCCACUCCGGCCUCGGCUCCCCUGCCAACUUGACGCCCUCGAUCCCUAUCCAGCCCUACUUGAGCGAGUUUGCCGUUUCUGAGUUCGCCCAGGCUGCCUACGCCAAACCCAACAUUGCUCUUGUCGCCGACGGUGCGUCCGCCGCGAACGUGAGCAAGUGGGCCGAGCAGUUCUUCAAGUCUGUCCCCUCCGCUUCCUCCGGAAAGCUGGCCCUGAACACGGCUGCCACCAAGUACUAUGGUGGUGAGCAGCGCACCUACAGCCCCUCCGGCAACUCCCUGGUUAUUGCCUUCCCCGGUGCCACUAACGGUCAGACUUCCCCUGAGCUUGCGGUACUUGCGGCCCUUCUGGGUGGCAAGUCCAGCAUCAAGUGGUCCCCGGGCUUCAGCCUGAUCAACAAGGCUGUCGGCUCUGCCCCUGGCCUGUCCACCUCGACAGUUAACCUCAGCUACUCUGACGCCGGCCUCCUCUCUGUCCAAUUUUCUGGACCCGCCUCCGCCAUCCGCACUGCUGCUCAGGAGGCCGUCAAGGCCCUGAAGAGCAUCUCUGAGGGUACCGUUAGCAAGGAGGAUUUGACCAAGGCCAUUGCCAAGGCCAAGUUUGACGCUCUCGAGGCCACCGAGAAGCGCAGCGGAAGCAUUCUUCUCGCCGGAUCCGGCCUCGUCCACAACGGCAAGCCUAUCAACGCUGCCGAGGUCGCCAACUCUAUUGGCUCUGUUACGGCUGAGAAGCUCAAGACGGCGACGAAGACGAUCCUGGAGGGUAAGGCUAGUGUUGCGGCGGUCGGUGACCUGUACGCUCUGCCGUAUGCUGAGGAGCUUGGCCUUCGGGUGUAG